CAUAUUUCUGCCGUAAAUAGUCCUGGAGCUCUUCAAGCACUGACAGACAGACCUGAGCUCUCCGCAAUUCCUGAGGUACCGACCAGGCUAGAUACUCUGGUAGCCAAUACUACAUUCGACUCGACGACAGCAUAAUACCUUGAGCGACUUCGAGACACCUGACCGUAUAAUAAUUCUCCCUUGGUAGCGCCUGGAUAGCAGCCAUGUCAACAAUAACACCCGAUGCGCUUCAAUCAGGACAGCCGCCCGUCAUUCCCCUGUCCUUCAAUGGUAACCAACCGGAAAAGGUGACGCUCUACCCACUGUCGAACUACACGUUUGGGGUCAAGGAAACCCAGCCUGAAGAGGACCCAUCAGUCAUCGCUCGCCUCAAGAGACUCGAGGAACACUACACGGAGCAUGGGAUGCGCCGCACUUGCGAAGGCAUUCUCGUCUGCCACGAGCACAACCACCCACAUAUUCUGAUGCUGCAAAUUGCCAAUGCCUUUUUCAAGCUCCCCGGAGACUACCUGCGCCCCGAAGACGAUGAGAUUCGAGGCUUCAAGUCGCGGCUGGACGAGAGGCUGGCGCCUGUGGGCCGCUUGGGAGAGGGUGAGGAAGCUGGUGAUUGGCAAGUGGGCGACUGCCUUGCUCAGUGGUGGAGGCCUAACUUCGAAACAUUCAUGUAUCCGUUUAUCCCGGCGCAUGUGACGAGGCCGAAAGAGUGCAAGAAGCUCUACUUCAUUCAGUUACCCAAACAAAAGGUUCUAAGCGUCCCCAAGAACAUGAAGCUUCUGGCCGUUCCUCUAUUCGAGCUCUACGACAACACUGCCCGAUAUGGCCCACAGCUUUCUGCAAUUCCCCAUCUUCUCAGUCGAUACAACUUUGAGUUCGUGGAUGAGAAUGGCAAUGUCGUCGCUGCCACACCAGGGUCUGCCGCGCCAGAGGGCUAUGUUCCGUACACAAAAGUCUUGGCAGGCGAUGAUACAGACAUGAAGGAGGAGAAUGGAACAAGCUGAUCCCCCUGUAGGACUGCGGAGACACGGCGAUGGUGUUUGGCGUUUUUGGUUGUUUGCCGGUAUAGGAAGGAUGUGUAAAAGCUCAAGUAUAGGUUUUCUCUCUUCUUCCUGUUUUCUAUACAUCUAAGUCCCACUUUUCUGUGCAUCUCACUCAAACCUUUUCCCCCUGGAUAGUUGCGAUGACCCGUCUCUGAUGGCGAGCGGCGCGGAACUCGAGAUACCAGAUUCCCUGCCAAGUCCCUGUAGCCUAUGUGAGGCGAUGUCAGUCACUUAUGGCCGGGACAAAGAUUGGCUAGCACUUACAAGUUUUCCAUCCUUAAUGGGAAUAGUCACGCUCGCCCCAAUGAGUGCAGACUUGAUGUGGGCAGGCAUGUCGUCUGGGCCCUCGGCACUACCAGGUGUCAACGUCUCCGCUUGCGACUUAUACGCAAAGCACUCACUCAUGACGAUAUAGAGCCUCUCCUUUGGGUCCUUCAGCUGGCGCGAUUCUGUCAAGAGCAUCGCUCAUAUCCUCCCGAACAUCAGAGUCCCCUUGGAUUUCUCAUAUCAGCAUCAAGAGCUUUCCGGGCCCGAAUAAUUUAGCUCACAGUUCUCGUUCAAACUCAAAGCACAGCUCGUGUGCUGGACGAAAAGGUUCAAAAGGCCGACCUUGUAAUCCCGAAUCUCGGGAAGUGAAGAAACAACCUGGUCAGUUAUGAGGUAUGAACCCCGUGACUUGGCAGGAAGGGUGAAUUGCUUCUGAAAAAAGCUCAUGGUUGUUCCCGACGAAUGGUCUAUCACUGGAGGGGCAGUUGAGCGGGGUUGAGGGGGUCCUGAUAAUCCAACAAGGCUAAAAGGCAGUGUCCAGAGAUAGUGAAACAGACCGGGGAACAGAGAGAUUACAAGUAGUAGACAGAGAAGCACUGGUGUCGUUGCAGCGUUGAGACGUGAUGUUUGAAGUUGAGGCAUGGCUUAUUAGAAUAAAUCGUGCUUGAAAGCAAACAACCGUCAUGGUGGGGCCAGAGUUGGACGCUAUGGGUCUCUUUCUCCCUAUCCGUUUAUACUAUGUAUCAAGCUCCAUUCUAUCCAAUCACAGCGCAUCAUUUAUAAUCCCCUCUAGGUAUCUGUACCUAGGUAGGUAGUUCCCUUAUACUCACUCUAUCGCCCAAGGGUUGGCAAGCAUCACAUCUGUUUCGAUACUGUGAGACGGCGGCAUGAUUCCGUAUCCCAAAGCUCCACUAAAUAUUUGUAAUGGUUCUUAAAGAACAUGCUGAAUCGAUGGUGAUUUUAACGUGUCAUGAGGGCAUAUGGACAUUAAGGCCUCACUAGGAAAGCUGUCGGUUUGUUCUUUCAUUUUAUUCGCGGAGUAUAUACAGAAGUUUGAGUUCUCCAUUCAGAAACAUCACAGUACACGGACUAUUUUUGCCUCUAGCACAUGUCUAGGUAGUGAUCUAGAUAGCA